AUGGAGUAUGCAAAGGUGUUGACCCUAUCAUUAGAUGUAAUCCCAAACCGCCCAUAUAGAAUUGUCUUUAAAUGGACCUUUCAUAUUGCUCGAAGAUUGAAAGUGAUGGAGUACACCAAUAGUUAUAAUGAUGAAAGAGCGGGGAGAGAGAAGAGGGAUAGCCUAUCUCUUUAUGGCGAUGUCUAUGAUAUUAUUAAAGUUGACUCAUCCACCAAU